UGAGGAAGUCGCCGCUUCUUAGAGCUGCGCAGUUGUUUUGCACCAUGGCGUCCUCAAGCGCUUCAACAGAGGCAAAGGAAAGAAGGGGAAGCUUUGGUUUAGGUCAUCCAAAUUUUUCCCAGAGAAGGCUGGUGUUGGUUGGAAUGACUGGAGCAGGUAAAAGCUCCUCUGGAAACACCAUCCUGGGCAGAACUGCCUUCACAGCUGCAGAAAGCGGUUCAUCUGUAACCAAAGAGUGUGGCAAAGUGACUGAAAAUGUGGCAGGGAGAGAAAUUACUCUGGGAGAUACACCAGGCAUGUUUGACACAGAUAUCUCAGAGGAAGAGCUUCUGACACAGAAGAUCAGUAAGUGUAUAAACAUGACAGCACCUGGACCUCACGCCAUCGUCCUGGUCAUUCAGUUCGGCCCAUUUACUGAAGAGGAGAAACUCUCCGUGGAGAAGAUCAGAGCCAUAUUCGGAGAAGAAGCAGAUAAACACACAAUCGUCCUCUUCACUCACGGGGAUGAACUGAAACACUCUAUAGAGGAGCACAUCAGUGAAGCCAGCGAGGACCUGAAAGAAGUCCUGAGUCGCUGUGGGGGAAGAUAUCACGUCUUCAACAAUAAAGUGUAG